GUUAUAUGAAUAAUUAUAUAUUGAUCCUUUUUUAAGCGUUAACUAUUUAUAACUAUUAAUAUUUUAUAUAUUUACAAAUAAAUAGCUUUAUUAUAUAUAAUAUAAUAUUAAAUAUUAAAAUAGCAACUAUAAUUUCUUUUAAUUAUGCUAUAUAACAUAACCAAAACUUUUGUUGACGUGGUAUUACCGGUAUUUUAUAAAACAAAACCAAUAAAAUUACGUCAAAUAUCAGUAUAUCAUUUUCACACAAAUGAAUUAAAAAGACGUUUAAAAGCAGAACAAAAAUUGAAGGAAAAAGCAGAAAAAGAAGCAAAAGCAUUUGCUGAAAAACCAAUAAAAGAUAAAACUAAAACUCAAGACAAAAAGGAAAUUAAGGAAGAGGAAAUUAGUCCAAAUGAAUAUAUUAAACUUAGAACACAAGCAAUCAAUCAUCUUAAAAAUACAAAUGAUAUUCCAUACCCACAUAAAUUUCAUGUAUCAAUUUCAUUGGAAAAUUUUAUUGAAAAAUUUAGUAAUAAUUUGAAACCUGGAGAAAUAUUAAACAAUGAAGUACAUAGUAUAGCUGGGCGUGUACAUGCAAUAAGAGAAUCAGGUGCUAAACUUAUUUUUUUUGACCUUAGAGGAGAAGGUGUUAAAAUUCAAGUAAUGGCAAAUGCAAGGCACUAUAAAAAUGAAGAAAAAUUUACUCCUGAUAUUUCUAAAAUAAGAAGAGGUGAUAUUAUUGGUGUAGUUGGAAAUCCUGGAAAAACUAAGAAGGGUGAAUUUUCUAUUAUGCCACAUAGUAUUAUUCUCUUAAGUCCUUGUUUACAUAUGUUGCCAAAUCUUUAUUUUGGAUUAAAAGAUAAGGAAACAAGAUUUCGUCAACGUUAUUUAGAUCUUAUAUUAAAUGAUAAAGUAAGAAAAACUUUCCAUAUACGUGCAAAAAUAAUCGCAUAUGUUCGCAAAUUUCUUGACGAACUUGGAUUUUUAGAAGUUGAAACACCAAUGAUGAAUAUAAUUCCGGGUGGUGCGACAGCUAAGCCUUUUAUUACACAUCAUAAUGAAUUAAAUAUGGACUUAUAUAUGCGCAUUGCUCCAGAAUUAUAUCUUAAAAUGUUGGUAAUAGGAGGAUUAGAUAGAGUAUAUGAAAUUGGCAGACAAUUUAGAAAUGAAGGUAUAGAUCUAACACAUAAUCCAGAAUUCACAACUUGUGAAUUUUAUAUGGCUUAUGCAGAUUAUAAUGACUUAAUGUCUAUUACGGAAGAUAUGGUAUCAGGAAUGAUAAAAUCUAUUCAUGGUAGUUAUAAAAUAACAUAUCAUCCAGAUGGACCGGAAAAUGAAGCAGUAGAAAUUGAUUUUACUCCACCAUUUAAACGACUUUCAAUGAUAAAAACAUUAGAAGACGUUUUAAAAAUUAAAUUACCUUCAGCAGACAAAUUAAGUAAUCCUGAAACAAAUCAAAUACUUAGUGAUCUUUGUACUAAGUAUGAGAUUGAAUGUCCUCCACCAAGAACAACAGCUAGAUUGUUAGAUAAACUUGUUGGAGAAUUUAUAGAAGAAACUUGUAUCAAUCCUACAUUUAUAUUGGAUCAUCCUCAAAUUAUGUCUCCAUUGGCAAAAUGGCAUCGUUCUGAACAGGGCUUAACGGAACGAUUUGAAUUAUUUAUUAUGAAGAAAGAAGUUUGUAAUGCAUAUACAGAACUGAAUGAUCCAAUAGUACAAAGAGAAAGAUUCGAGGAUCAAGCAAAAGAUAAAGCAGCUGGAGAUGAGGAAGCACAAAUCGUUGAUGAAACUUUCUGUACAGCAUUAGAAUAUGGUUUACCACCAACUGCUGGUUGGGGGAUGGGAAUUGAUCGUAUUACUAUGUUUCUCACAGAUUCAAAUAAUAUUAAGGAAGUAUUAUUAUUCCCACAAAUGAAACCAGAUGACCCCAAUAAAAAUCAAGGAAUAUCUGAAGAUGAUAAAACAUUAAAUGAUAAAGUAAAUCAUGUGGAAAAGUGAAGAUUUAAUACUAUGACCUUAUAUUCUUUUGCAGUGUGCAAAGUAAAAAAUAAACAAAGCUUCCAAAAAAUAA